CGGUCAUGUGAUCAGCUGUGUCCAAUCACAGCUGAUCACAUGGGACAUGUACACAGAUCAUCAGAGCACUGAUGAUCAGUGUACCCUGAUGAUCUGUGUAGCCCCAGCAGUGCCACCUGUCAGUGUCCAUCAGUGCCAGCUCUCAGUGCUCAUCCAUGCCACCUGCCAGUGCCCAUCAGUGCCACAUUUCCAUGCCACAUCAAUGCCACAUAUCAGUGCCCAUCUGAGCUGCCUUGCAGUGUCACCCAUCAGUGCCAAUCAGUGCCACCUAUCAGUGCCAGUCAGUGCCCGUCAGUGCCGCCUAUCAGUGCCGCCUAACAGUGCCAGUCAG